CCUUUGAGCUUUUACGAAGCAAAGAAGCUGCAGAAAUGCUUCGCAAAAUGGGAAUUUUCGACGCCAUUUUUUUCGGAGAGCAAGAAGAAAGACUGGGCAUUAGUCGUGUCCAGGCGCGCGCGGUUGCACACGCUGACCAACAAUUUUCAAAAAUUCGCCGACUCAUUUCACCACAUUUCCCUAUAAAACUUUACAAAGUUUUGCUAAAUUUUCACAAAUAUUUCCAACCGAUUAUGUUCUUAACACGUUCAGAAUACGACAGGUAGGUUCAGGUUUCCUUUUGUAAAGUUUUAGCGCAUAAUCUUAUUUAAAGCUGAUUUUUUGGCGUCUUUUUUCGCAGAGGAGUGAACACGUUCUCGCCUGAAGGCAGGCUGUUCCAAGUGGAAUACGCCAUAGAAGCUAUAAAGGUUAGAUUUUGAAAACUCGCUGAGGAAACGAUGAUAGAAAGAUGUUGUAAAUAAUUCACAAUAUUCAUUAUUCAAAUCAAUGUACAAUGUGGUCAAAUGCCAAAUGGGCUUUUGAAACAAGUAUGUUGUUGCAAGGCUUGUGGGAGGCCAUAGAAACUGUAUGAUAGUAUAUGCACAUGUGUACUACAUUACUUAGAUUUCAAGAUGUGCCGAUCAUUCCACCAAUCAUUAACUACUGUAUAAUAAUCAGCAAACGGUUGAUUAUUCAUUAAUAAUCAACCAUUUGCUGAAGAGAAAUUGAUUCGUUAGGGCUGAUUAAUUAAUUGGCUUGUCUCUGCAGAAUAAUCAGUUUCCUUAGCCUCCCACAAGUCUUGCAUCAGACAAUAUGCUACAAAUACCCAUUUGACCACAUUAUGAACUGAUUUGAAUAUGUGUGAGUAGGGGGUGUGCCGGAACUCGGUUCUGGCUGGUUAGUUCCAGUCGGAACCCCAAUUUUCAGAGUUUCGAUUUUGGCCAGAACUAAUUGCACUACAUUUCAUAAUUUCUAGCUUGGGUCAACUGCUAUUGGUAUACAAACAUCCGAGGGUGUUGUUUUGGCCGUCGAAAAGAGAAUUACCUCACCAUUAAUGGAAGCAUCUAGUAUAGAGAAAAUUAUUGAAAUAGAUAAUCAUAUAGGUUAGUCUGAUUUAAAUUGUUUUACUGAUACACAUUGAAUCACACCACUAUCCUUCUUGUAACCAUUGUCAACACAGCCAUCAUUACCACCAUCUUUACAACUGCCAUCACUCUCACCAUCAUCACCAAUAUCUUCAUCACUCGGGACCAUCAUCAUCACCAUGAAUAUCAUCAUCACCACCACCAUCAUCAUCACAACCAUCAUCUUGAUCAUCAUCACCAAUAUCUUUAUCACUCCCACCAUCAUCACCACCCCAACUGCCAUGACAACCACCAUCACAAUAACCAUCAUCACAACCAUCACCACCAAUAUUAUCGCUCCCACGACUGUCCUCAUUGUCACCACCAUCAUUACCACCACCAUGAUUACCAUCAUCACCAAUACAUCAUCACCAUGUCUCCCUCCAUCACCACCACAACUAUCACUAUCAAUAUUAUCAUUAAGCCUUUAAGCAGCAAUGUACCCUGAGUCCCUGAUGCAUCCUACUUUAGUAUUUUACUCUGUCUAACACCAGACGAUUUUAUUCAUCAAGUGGAGAGUGCUGCCAUUCAAUGGGUUAACAUUACAAUGUACCAAAUCAGUCCAAAUUUAAGUAAGCCAAAACUUUACAUAUUCACCAGGUUGUGCUGUCAGUGGUCUUAUAGCAGAUUCCAGAACUAUGGUUGAUAAAGCCAGAGUAGAAGCACAGGUAUUAUUGGACAUUUAAAGAUUUAUACCAGUUGUUCAUGCAGGAUACUACCUUGCCUGUGUUUUAUUUAGAAUCACUGGUUUACAUACAACGAGCCAAUGUCUGUGGAGAGUGUUACUCAAGCUGUGUCGAAUUUAGCUUUAGAAUUUGGUGAUGAUAAUGCCAGAUCUGGAGCAAUGGUAUGUAUUUUAGUUUCUAUCAAAUGUAUUGUUAGAGCUUGUAGUUACUACACAUGUAAAAGUGCACGUCAAGUUGUUACAGGUCUGCAAACAAGUUGUUACAAAGCUGUUCACAAGCUGUCAACAAGUUGUGUUCGCACUGCUUGUUCCCAGUUGUCAGAAAAGGGUUUGGAACAAGCUGUUAACAACUUGUAACAAGCUUGAUGGAAUUAUCAGACUUGUUACAAGGUUGUUCUAACAAGUCUGAUACAGUCAUGAUAUAACAAGAAAGUUACAAGUUUGAUGACACAAGGAUGUAACAAUACUGUUAUAUAUCAUGACUGCAUUGGACUUGUUGGAACCACCUUGUAACAAGUCUGAUAAUAUCAACAAGGUUGUUACAAAUUGUUAACAGCUUGUUGCAAACUUGUUGACAACUUGGGACAAGCAGAGCGAGGACAACUUGUUGACGGCUUGUUGGCAGACUUGCUACAAGAUGCAAGACUUUUGUGUGUGUAGUUUCUAAGGUCAAUGAUUUCUCUGUGUAUAUAGAGUCGACCAUUUGGUGUAGCAUUAAUGUUUGGUGGUUUUGAUGAGCAUGGACCUCAACUGUAAGUCAAUUUUUGAAGAUUUUAGUGUUACAUUAAUAUUGUACCUACGUUUCUUGUUUCUUUGAUUUAGGACAUUUCAAAUUAACUAACAUUGAUUGAUAAUAUUGUCUUCAUACAGAAAGAUUUUUGUAACUAUAUUUAAUCUGUUUUAUCUAGAUAUCAUCUUGACCCAUCAGGAACAUUUAUUCGAUACGAAGCCAAAGCAAUUGGUAAAAUAUAUAUUAUGCACAGUAUGUUGUUGAAAAUGAGUUUGAUAGCUGAAUUAACCAUCUUUGUAUUUUUUAGGGUCAGCUUCAGAAGGUGCCCAACAGUCUUUACAAGAAGUUUAUCAUAAAGUAUGGGUGAUUUUUUUGUAACUGCAGUGUGAAAAUAGACGGAUAGAGUGAACUCAUCGAAACUUAUAUUUAAGUCUAUCGAUCUCUUUGAAAAUUAUAAACCAAAAUAUAGUUUUGUGUGUGCGUAAUUUUUGGGUCAUUUUAAGAAGGAAUGUAAUAUACCUUUAUAGUAAAAACCUCACCUUGAUCAACAUUUUCACUGUCAAAGUUUCGAGAUAUGGUGUCGCUCCAUCAACUGCAAGUUAGGUUUUUGCUCCAAAAAUUCAUCUGAUGACAUCAUACCUGGAAACUUUGACAGUGAAAAAGUUUAUCAAGAUGAAGUUUUUUACUCUUUAUAUAUAUUAUAUUUCUUUUCAGAAUGACCCAAAUAUUACCCAUAUCAAAAAUCAUAUUUGGGAAUUGUACACAUAUGCAACUUUUCAUUUUGAAUUACUGAUUAAAUGUGUUUUCCAAAUAAUUUUACAGUCGAUGACCUUGCAAGAAGCGUGUAAGCAAGCACUAACAAUUCUCAAACAAGUUAUGGAGGAAAAACUGAGUGCAACCAACGUUGAGGUAUAUAUCGCAAUAGUUUCGUAUGAUUCCUCCUUCUUUCAAGAAAGUGAACGUCUUUUAGGCAGAUAGAUAGAACUGUUAGAGAGCUAAGCCUGCUAUAGCUCUGCUGAUUGUGGUGUUGAACUCAGGUCUAUAAUUUUUUUGCUGAUGCUACUCUGAGUGUCUCCGCACCGUGCUAUAGCUGAAAAAUUGAUCGACCUCUGUGGGUAAGCCAAAGGUCGCGCUCGCUUUUGACUGCCCUGCCGUCAACUCCGUUGUGAAUGCAGACUUGUAGUGACGUAUUAUGUACAGUAGUCUUUAUUGUUGGGACUUAUACCUCAUUAUUGGUAUACUUAAGAUUUAUACGUCACUACGCCACUCCACGUCCGCAUUCACAACGCAAGACUGAGCAUCGCAUGGUUUUAAUAAACACCUAUGGCUACAAAAACAGUCGCUAGAAUAUGUUCAUGGUAACGCAAUGAAAUUUUAUUGAAUUUUAAACUAUUUUAGUUUUUUCUGUGCCUAUUACAAGUUUGCAACUAUUGCGCCCUGUAUUGGGCUCUGUGAUACAAAACUCUCGUGCAAGUUAAAUUGUACACCCCAAGAUCAACGAUCUACAGCUAUUUCAAUUAAGGUUGUCCCCGAGCAAAGCGGAAAAGUAGAAUACCAGCGCGAAAGGCUGCUGGGAAUCGCUAUGAAAAUUCAUUAAUUUUUUAGGGUUUCCCAGCAGCCUUUCGCGCUCGUAUUCGAUUUUUCCGCUUUGCUCGUGGACAACCUUAAUUGAAAUAGCUGUAUGUUCAAAGAUAUAAUGUUCAGUACUCCACGGUAGAUACUUUUCACUUAAAUACUUCAAUUUCUCUGUUGUAGUUGUCUACAAUCACCCGUGAAAAUAAAUUCAAGAUGUUCGACAAGAAAGAUAUAGAAGAUAUAGUUAAAGAUAUCAAAUAGACUUGAUGAACAUUUCCACAAACUUUCUAGGAGCUAGAGGGGUAGAUUUUUGAAGUCUGUUAACAUAUUUUGGUAUGGACAGUUUGGCUGUAUGGAUGGGUUUCAUUGAGCACCGCUAACAGAUGGUGGUCGACUGACUCGACUGGCAGUUGUCAAAUUUGAAAAAUAAUGCUAGUUCUUUUCAUGAUGUGCCCUGUAUCCUAGUGGAAAAUAAAGGAGGGACACGAGUGUUCCUAUAAAUGGCCGUUGACCAGCAUCUGCUACGCCAUAACGCUCACUGAAACCCACCCUCAAAUAAAUUGUUACUGGACGUCAGUUGGAGCAUAGCCUAUAGAAGGGAAGAUGGCUGUGAAAUUCAUUAGAAUAACAAUAGAACUCAUUAUCUUUGUUGGUGGGUUUGGCAAAAAUACAAUACAUACGUGACGGUGAAGGACCAGAUUUAUGAAUAAACGUUGACUAACAUAGAUGAGUUAUAUUGUUAUUCUAAUGAGCUUCACAGCCAUCUUCCUUUCGAUAGGCUAGGGUUUGAGUUACUGUGUGCUCAAUACCUUACGUACUAAAAUUAUUAAUUGGCCGCUUGCACGUUACGUCACGCCGGCCAUGUUGGUGGUUUUCACUUAGGCAAAAAUCUCACAUCUUGUAGCAAGUCUGCCAACAAGCCGUCAGCAAGUUGUGUUCAUACUGCUUGUCCCAAGUUGUCAACAAGUAUGGAACAACUUGUUAACAGUUGUAACAACCUUGUUGGUAUUAUCAAAGUUGUUGCAAGGUUGUUCCCACCAAUACAGUCAUGAUACAUACAGUAACAAUAUUGUUACAAUCUUGUCGUCAACAUUGUAACAUUCUUGUUAGGUCAUGACUGUAUCAGACUUCACUUGUCAGUGUUAGAACAACCUUGUAACAAGUCCAAUAAUGCCAUGAAGCUUGUUACAAGUUUUAAGUUGUUAACAGCUUGUUCUAACCUUGUUAACACUGGUUUCCAUACCAUCUUUCUCAUAAGCCGAAAUAUAACAUUUUAGAACUGAAAAUACGCGGAGUGAUUAUAACUAGAGAAUACUUAUGAUUUAUAUGUGGUUUACAGGUAUAAACUAUUAUAAACUGGCCGUUAUACGAAAGAUCGUGACUCUAUUUUUACGAUCAUAUGGAAACCAGGUGAACAAGCAGUGCGAACACAACUUGUGCUUGGACAGAUUUGUAACAACUUGUUUACAGACCUGUAACAACUUGCUUGCGUUUUUACGUAUGUAUUUCAACAAAAGAAUCUCAUUGUCUGUCACUGAAUUUGGCACUAACAUACAUGGACGCCGUCUUACUGUCUUUAAUUCCUAAGAGAUUGAUUGUAAUCCAUCUAUAUACAGAUUAUGGUGAUACAACUGACGUCCAAUAACUCCUUCAUUUCCUGUCAUUUUUGUGUUGACUUGCAACACCCAACCUUAAACUUGAUGAGUGUUGGCGCUCAAACGCGACAGUAACAACGAUCUCAUCCUCGUUUGACCUGGAUGUACUCCAUAGAUACGAAAUUUUUGCGACGAAACUAGACUCGAAUUCAAAUAAAGUUUGUAUAAAUGAUAUAGUUGUUGUGUUUUCUUAUUUUCUUGAGAAAUAGAACUUUUGUGUGAGAGUGUAACAAUGUGACGUACUCCAGUUAGGAAUUUUUUGUGAAGAAACGACUCCAAUCCAGUAAAGCUUGUCUAUAAAUGAUAUAGUUGUUGUGUUGUCUUAUUUUGUUGAGAAAUAAAACUUUUGUGUUCGAGUGUGACAAACUAAUACGUAUUUUGAUAAGAGCACUUGACCAUUUCUAUGACGAUGAUUUU